GUGUAUCUGUGGUUAAAAUAAAACUUUAUACUACAUUGUGUUAAAAAAGUUACCGAUGCUCUCUAAUGUUAAUGAAUUUUAUUUUUAUUUUGGGUACUGUAGAUUUAAUUACACAUAAUGUUGGAGGUAUGUGUAGAUAGUUUGGAAUCAGCAUUGAACGCUAUACAUGGAGGUGCUGAUGAAUUGGAAAUAUGCAGUUCUUUAACUGAAGGCGGGUUAACACCAUCUGCAGGAUUGGUCAAAGAAAUUUCGUCUGUGGUAAAUAAAAUCGGCACAGGCUCGACUAUUUAUAAAGGCUGUCCGACACAUUGUGCUUGCCAGGGGCUAUUGAAGCAACCAAAAUUGAAUGUGAUGAUCCGAUGCCGUACUGGCUCAGAUUUCUGUUACACGGAUCAGGAAAUGGACACCAUGUUAGCUGACGUAGUUAUUUUGAAACAAAUGAACGUCGAUAGGUUUGUGUUCGGCGCUCUCACGAACAUCCAGAAUAUAGAUGAAGUUAAAUGUGCUGAUAUAAUUACAAAAGCCAAUAAAAUACCAGUAACUUUCCACAGAGCGUUCGAUGUUAGCAGGGAUCCAAUUGUUUCCAUAAAUAAAGUGAUUCAGCUCGGUUUCGAUAGAAUACUUACGAGCGGACAAAGGGAUUUUGCUGAUAAUGACGAAGCUAUCGUAUUAAUUCGGAAUUUGCAGAACUCUUUUGGUGAUCAAAUCGACAUUAUGCCUGGCGCCGGCGUCAAUUGUGGAAACGCUAGAUUGUUUAUCGAUUUGGGAUGUAAAAUAGUCCACAGUUCAUGUAAAGGUACGAGGAUUUUACCUAAAAUGAAUAACCAUUUGAAUAUGGGCACUGGAGAUAGCGAGCAUCUGUAUAUAACCGACGUAAAUAUUGUAAAGAAAAUGAAAGAAAUACUUCAACAAAUCAAGUAGAACAAUCAUAUCACGUCAUGUUAUGUAAAACUGUAAAAUUUUCCCACUCGAUUUUAAUCCUUAUUAAAUUGUGGGUAGAGGUCAAAAUUUAUAGCGGGAAUGUGCACAUUACAAUAA